UUAUUGGUGGACUCUCUCUUCUUUGUUGUUUCAGUUUCAAUAUUUCAGAAGCUCUUAGUGCAACAAAUGAGAAGCAAGAGACGCCGUCUAGCAAUGUUUGCUCACUUCACCAACAUGCAUAUGUCUAAUAACACCAAUCAUCACUUUCAACCACUCAACCAAAGGCGAUCAGCAAACUAUCAUCCAAGCAUUUGGGACCCUAAGUUCAUCCAGUCACUAAGCACACCAUAUACAUAUGAAUUAUAUGGUGCCAAAUUAGAAGAGUUGAAGGAGGAAUCAAGAAGGUUGCUUGACUCCACCAAAGGAAAAAUUUCCAUGCAGUUAAAGCUUAUGGAUUCAAUGCAACGUCUGGGAGUGUCCUACCUUUUUCAGCAAGAGAUUGGAAAAUGUAUUAGUAGUAUUGCUUCUUCGGAUGCUACCUGCAGUGACCUAUAUACAACUGCAUUGCGAUUUCGGCUACUAAGAUCACAUGGUUAUUCUAUUAGUUCAGAUGUGUUCGACAAAUUUAGAGAUAGGAGCAGUGGGAGAUUCUUGGAAAGCUUAAGGGAUGAUGUGUUGGGUAUGUUGAGUUUGUAUGAAGCUUCACAUCUCGGAAUGCAUGGUGAAGAUGAUUUAGAAGAAGCCAUGAAUUUUAGUACUAAACAUCUCAAGUCAUCAAUUGGGAAGAUGGAGAUGGGACUAGGUGAGCAAGUUCAACAAUCACUGGAAGUUCCCUUACACUGGAGGAUGUCAAGAGCGGAAUCCAGGAACUUCAUCGAUGUCUAUUCUGUGGACGAAACCAGGAGCUCAAUUCUGCUGGAGUUGGCUAAACUGGAUUACAAUCAAGUGCAAUCGGUACAUCAAAACGAACUAAAGGAACUUGCAAAGUGGUGGAGAGACUUGGGUUUUAAAGAAAGGCUUGGUUUUUCCCGGGAUCGUUUGAUGGAAAAUUAUUUGUGGGCAAUGGGGAUCAUCUUUGAGCCCCAGUUCUCCAAAUGCAGGAAGGGACUCACUAAAUUUGUCUGCAUAUUGACUGCGAUCGAUGACAUGUAUGACGUAUAUGGAUCACUAGAUGAGCUUGAAAGUUUUACUGAUGCAGUGAAUAGAUGGGACAUCAACGCCGUGGAGGACCUCCCUGAUUACAUGAAGCUAUGUUAUUUGGCCAUGUUCAACUUCGGAAAUGAAAUAGCCUAUGAUGGUAUAAAAGAACAUGGCUUCAACACUUUGCCCUAUAUUAAAGAAGAGUGGGCAAAUCUUUGUGGAUCAUAUUUGGUAGAAGCAAGGUGGUUCCACAGCGGUUACACGCCAACAUUUGAAGAAUAUUUGGGGAAUUCAUGGAUUUCAGUGGGUGGUCACGCAGCCAUUGUCCAUGCUUGCUUACUGCAACAACUUCCCCGAACGAAAAGCUCCAUGGAUUGCUUCAAGCAAGGCUCUCAGACAAUUUACUGGUCAUCUCUCAUUACCCGACUUAGUGAUGAUUUGGGCACUUCCAAGGCUGAGAUGGUAAGAGGGGAUGUGGCGAAAUCCAUUCAAUGUUACAUGAUCAAAGAAGGCAAAUCAGAAGAUGAAGCGCGAGAUCACAUUAAGGGCCUAAUAAAGUCUUCGUGGAGGAAGCUUAAUGAAGCAAGUUUAAGGAAAUUUGGCCCUAAAUCCUCCAUUGUAACCAUGUCAUUGAGCAUGGCACGGACAGCCCUGUGCAUCUUCCAACAUGGGGAUGGUAUUGGUACAUCGUUUGGGGUGACCAAAGAUCUUUUGACCUCACUUAUCGUCACGCCCAUUCCGAUAACUAACCACCCUGUCAUGAAGUGUAAACUGCAUUAA